CUCUCGAUGGGCGAACGGAAUGGGUCCGCCGGCAGUCGGUUGACGGGCUCUCUCCACGGCGCACGCAUGAUCGCCGGAGCGGAUUUCGAUUAGCGGGCGGAGCAGCUGAUCACCAGAUCGCGCACUUUCAUUUUCACGCGGAAAACCCCAGAUGAGAGCUCACUCAAGCAGUCUUUGUUCGUCAAGAUCGAUCGAUCGAUCAGCAUUGUUUUAAAAUUAUCAUUAUAGACGUGAAGUGUUUACAUACACACUUGUGAUAACCGCUAUCACUACUUCCUCUAAUUACCGUGAAGUGACAAACUAUUAAACAAAUUUAGUGCAUCUUGAUCUCAGUAUCAAUAUUUAAGAAAAUAAACCGAAACCAGUGCCAAAAUGCAGACCCAAAUGCAGUAUGAACCCCAACACUCCCCACUUUCCCAGCUAUCCUCACCCAACCACAGGAUAUACUCCACCCGCCUGCCAGAAGAGGCUGAGAUGUGCGAAACUACGGGAAGAUGCGACAUUGCGUCGAAUUGUUACCGGUACGAAGAGCACGAUGCCACCGACGACGACAUGACCUUCUGCAUGUCCAACUAUGCCAAGGAAGCCCUCAAGAUGAUGUUCAUGAUGAGGUCCCACGGCAUGCUAACCGACGUCGUUCUCGAAGUGAAAAAAGAGCUCUUUCCUGCCCACAAGGUGGUGCUGUCGGCGGCAUCGCCCUACUUUAAGGCCAUGUUCACUGGCGGUCUCAAGGAGGCCGAAAUGUCGCGGGUGCAGCUCCAGGGGGUCUGUCCCACGGCCAUGUCCCGCAUCCUCUACUUCAUGUACACCGGCCAGAUACGGGUUACUGAGGUGACGGUGUGCCAGCUCCUGCCGGCGGCCACCAUGUUCCAAGUGCCAAACGUAAUCGAUGCUUGCUGUGCCUUCCUGGAACGCCAGUUGGAUCCCACGAACGCCAUUGGCAUUGCCAACUUUGCGGAGCAGCACGGCUGUGUCGAGCUUCAAAAGAAGGCGAAUGUAUUUAUUGAAAGGAAUUUCACGCAGGUGUGCCAAGAAGAGGAAUUUCUCCAGCUCUCGGCGUAUCAGUUGAUAGCUCUUAUACGAAAAGAUGAACUCAACGUCCAGGAGGAGCGAGAGGUAUACAACGCUGUGCUCAAAUGGGUCAAGUACGACGAGGACAACCGACACUGCAAAAUGGAACACAUCCUAGGAGCUGUACGCUGCCAGUUUCUCACGCCCAACUUCCUGAAGGAGCAAAUGAAGAACUGCGACGUUUUGCGAAAGGUUCCCGCCUGCCGGGAGUACCUGGCCAAGAUCUUCAAAGACCUCACGCUACACAAGUGCCCGGGAGUGAAAGAACGGACGCCCAAUACGCCUCGAAUGAUUUUCGUGGCGGGCGGUUUCUUCAGACAUUCCCUGGACAUCCUGGAAGCAUACAAUGUGGACGACAAGACGUGGACAACUCUGGCCAACCUGCGCAUUCCAAGAUCCGGUCUCGGCGCUGCCUUCCUGAAGGGAAAGUUUUACGCCGUAGGCGGGCGUAACAACAACAUUGGUUCCUCUUACGACUCAGAUUGGGUGGAUCGCUACAGUACCGUCAGCGAGUCGUGGCGUCCCUGCUCCCCGAUGUCUGUGCCACGACAUCGAGUGGGAGUGGCGGUGAUGGACGAACUGAUGUACGCCGUGGGGGGCUCUGCGGGCACGGAAUACCACAACACGGUGGAAUAUUAUGACCCCGACCUCGAUCGCUGGACGCUGGUACAACCAAUGCACUCGAAACGUCUCGGAGUGGGCGUGGUGGUCGUGAAUCGUCUACUCUAUGCCAUUGGUGGGUUCGAUGGCAACGAGCGUCUGGCCAGCGUGGAGUGCUACCAUCCGGAGAACAAUGAGUGGAGCUUUCUGCCACCUUUGCAAACCGGUCGCAGUGGAGCGGGUGUGGCUGCCAUUAACCAAUAUAUCUACGUGGUAGGCGGCUUCGACGGGACGCGGCAACUGGCCACCGUGGAGCGAUACGAUACCGAGAACGAGACCUGGGACAUGGUGGCGCCCAUUCAAAUAGCUCGCAGUGCUCUGUCGCUGACUCCGUUGGAUGGCAAACUGUACGCCAUUGGCGGGUUCGAUGGCAACAAUUUCCUGUCCAUUGUCGAGGUUUACGAUCCACGAACCAACACAUGGACAAAGGGAACACCACUGAAAUCGGGAAGAUCUGGUCACGCGUCCGCUGUUAUUUACCAGCCAGCAAGUGCCACCACGUUUAUGGAUUACGAGGAAAGCGAACCCAUGCAAGGAGGCGGUAGAAGCGACGACGGCAGAGGUUCCUCCCGUGAUUCGUUCGGGGGCCGGAGUCCAAACUAUCCAGGAACGUCGCCAAAUAUGCAAUUCCACAGUUCAUACGGCACGAGUGGCUGCAAUAACUGCGAGUCGGAAAUGGAGGUCAAAUUUGGAGUAGACGAGGAAUCGAGAAACUUUCAAAUCCCCGCCAUCAGAAACGAAGAGCUAAUGAAUCCUAACUGCCCGUGGUCCAGAAUGACAUACAGAGAUCGACGCGAUCCACCCGAAUCCUUUCAAGAGAAACGAAAAGCUUGCAUCCUUUCGGCAGCGGCAAAAGUGAUUCACAACCACAUCGAAGGACGUUUCCGGAAAAUAACGGUCACAUGACAAUAAUGCAAUCCGAGCCUCUCACUUACACCCACCCACACACACACACUCCCAGCCACAACCAAAAACAUUAUUCAUUGUACAAAGCCAGAUCCCGCAUCUCGUAGAAUUCCAUAUUGAGAAUCAUUCCAUUGAAAUAUUGCUAGUGUGUUCGCUAGGUGAUAUUUAUGAAAGUAGUCAACCGUUUUUAUGGCAUCCAUAACAUUAACUGGCGAUCGUGAGCCGAUUUUUUAAAGAUUGAUUAGGGUUAAUAGUUGAUAAUGGAAGGAAAGUGUCGUAUUUUAUGUAAUUGUAGGCGUCUUAUGAUAGCGAGCAUAUUGUACUUUUUUGUUUUAGUGUAGGUUUAUCCAAGGCAAUUAACGCAUCAUAGUUAUUUAUAAA